AAUUAAAAAAAAUAAAAAAAAUAUAUAUUUGAUAUGAGUAGUGAAACAUCAGCAUAGUUUUUUAAUCUAAAAGAUAGUAUAAAUUAAAUGCUCUAAUAGUAAUUAAAAUUAUUAUAAAGGAGUAUUUUAAUUUGUGAGUAGUUGACUGGUAAAGACCUCAAAGAGUUAAGUUUUUUAGAAGAUUUAAUAGAUAGCUGUUAAUAUGCAUAAGAAAUUAAUAGUGAUUGCGCAAAAAUUAUAUAAAAUCUUCACUCUCUUUUGAAAAAUACUUUUUCAAAUCAAAAAUCUAACUAAAAUUUAAUCUCAUAACCCAACAAAAAUUUAUCUUAAUAAAAUUCUGGUAAUUUAAAUAGCAGCUACAAUAACCAAAUUGAAAUUUCAGAUUAAAGUUUGAUAAUUAUCAAACAAGAGGAUAUAGCAUAAACUUAAAUACCUCUUUUUGCUACAAAAUAGCUUGUUAAAAAUGUGUUUGGAUGCUAUAGGUAUCCUUAUGAUUACUUUUAUAGAAAAAUUCUUGGAUACUCAAAGCCUUACAAUAAUUGGAUUUAUUUGAAAUUUGUUCCAAAAGAUUAAAUUAAUGAAUUUAGAAGAUUCAAGCUUGAAGAGUUUUCUAAAUUUGAAGAAUUAUCUGGUUUAAUUGUACCAAAUUUCUUUAAAAAAGAAGAGUAUUAUAACUUAUAUAGCCAACAUUCAACGAGAUAAUAUAAAUUGACACUGAUAGAGCAACAGUAGCUAUAUUUAAUGUAUCACAGUAAAUAUUUUUCUUCUUAUGCAGAUAUUGCUAAUUUUUUCUGCAUAUAAUCUGCAUCAGGUAUAAGCAAAAACAUAUAUCUCUAUGAGAAGCACUUAAGUUAAAGUCAAAAUGAAUAGUAAUGA